GCCAUUCAUGGCCCCCCUUCAGUUGUAGGUAGGGAUGUCCCGAUACAACUGUUUCACUUCCAGUACAAUAACCGAUAAUACAGCCUUCAGUAUGUACCGAUACCGAUGACGGUCUGAUACGAUAUCGGCACAAAUCAUACACACUUAUCUAUUUCGUAGUGUGGAAUGUAUGAAAGGCUUGACCAAGUGAUAUUAUUCAAUUGGAGAGCAAGAGCCAGUAACAUUAACUAACCAUUGGUUGCAAAAAUGUGAACCUUAAUGGACUGCUUGUAUCGGAGAUUUUCGAUGCAGUCAGAUAGGUUGCAGGUUCGAUCCUGGCUCCUACCAGAGAAUUCUGCUGUUGUGUCCUUGGGCAAGACAAUCCCCCUUACCUUCUGGUGGUGGUCUGAGGGACCAGUGGCGCCAAUACUCUGCAGCAUCGCCUCUGUCCGUGUGCCCCAGGGCAGUUGUGGCUACAUCGUAGCUCAUCCCCACCAGCAUGUGAAUGGGUGAAUGGCUAAUUGUGUCGUGAAGCACCUUGGGGGGGUUGUAGAACCCUAAGAAGGCACUAUACAAACACAAGCCAUUUACCAUUUUCAUAAUCCGAUAGUGUUUUUCGGCCGAUAUCAAAUUACUUCCGAUAUCGAUAUUGGAACGGGACAUCCCCAGUUGUAGGUCCAUAUUACAAUGGUGUGGUAUGGCUAGGGUGGAGUGGAGUGGUGGGCAUUACACACUGAUUGGGGAAAAUAAAAAUGUCUUUCUUGCAACAUAAACACCAGCAUGCUUUUUUUAUUUAUUUUUUUGCUAUCGUUAUUCGUACAUGGACGUAGCAAGCAAGAGUCCAACUAGCGAUUGAAAUGCCUUCCUGAAAUCAACAGACACCAGACCCCUCAAUGGAACUGAAGCUCAUAAAGAUCUGAUGUCAAGAAGGACCACAAAGAAGCCAUUUCCCUCCAAGAAUACCAUCAGUGACAGAUUGAUAUUUUGCUAAAGGUCCAUGGAUUGGACUGCUGGGGACUAGGGGAUGGUUCUCCUUUCUGAUUGUCCAGAGCUUCUCAGUCAGUCCUGUGUUUCGCCAGGACUAAUUUGAAAUUAAGAAUUGUGGUCGAUCAAGUUUGGUGGUCAAAAAAGCCAAACGCCAACUAAUUCUGGUAAACUCAAAGCACAGAUGAUGAUGAAGAAUCGGGAUUUGCCAGGGUGAACUGCAGAGGUCUUGAAAAAAGGACCAGCCCUGCAACUAUUGACUCUGUAUCAAUUAAGUUGAAAAGUUUUUGACACUCGUGAAAUAUUUGUAAAUCUUCAUUAGUAACUAUAGAAAUGUCAAAGAUCUAGGAACACUGAAGCUACCCAGGAAAUCAACACUUGUGAACUUAGAGCUGAUCCAGGACCAGUUCAUUAAAGUUAACCACUGAGAGGUUUUUCAUCAUUCAGGCUGUGUGAUGGGGGUUGUCCACCUCUGAAAUAAAAAGCUAAUUGAUGUGAAAUUAAGAAAAACAGCAUUGUUCUAAAUUACUUAGAAAAACCUCAGCACAGUACCACUCUGCCACCAACCAACCAUCUUUGUCACCAUGCAGCCUUAUGAAGGGCCAUUAGAGUUUUACAGCUACAGUCAGGAGUGUUUUUAUCCGGCGGCACCAUCUAGAGGCUGACAAAUGUAUUUCAACUGAAGUUGUUCACAUCUCUUCCAUAGUUAUGACCAGAAGCAACACCUCUAUACGAGAAAGGGCACCAGCUCUAUAUCUGUUCCUUUUACUUGAGCCUGUGAGAACAAAAUGCAUUUGCAAGUUACAAAACUAUAACUUUUGGUUUUCUGUCUAUAUGCUUUUCUUUUUGGGACUCUUAGUUUUUCCUAAAGUUGAAAUAUUAGCGGCCGGCUGUUUGCCCAUCUCUGGUGUUAUUGAGCGGAGAACUUCUCACACCAGUGGUGUUCUGGUGCAAAAUGCGUAAGUGCGUAAUGAAUGGAGGACACAGGGGAGUGCGGUGAUUUGGUGAGGUCGACAACCAGAUGGCCCUAUAGUUAGUUUCAGACUAAGCCAUAUUAUUGGUGGAGGUUUUGAGACAAAUGCAAGAGAACCACUUCAUUCCUUUUUUUGUUUCCUUGUUAUAUAAUUUUUUUAUCUCCACAAUAUAGUUGUACUAUGUUAGAAUGUCGUCAUGGCAUGAAAAAAAAGUUUUAAGCUAGCUAAUUUAGCAUAUUUGCUUUAAAGGAAGACACUACAAAUAAUAUUUUAUGUUAAAAAAACUUUUGAACUUUGAAUGCAUAAACCUAAAAGCUUCGCCCCCCUGGUGGAUCCUCACACCACACUAUGGCCACCUUAACAAUAUUCACGAUCUGCCACUGCAUGGAAAAUUAUUCUGUUAAUAACUUUAAAAAAAAGAAAAAAGUUUAUGAGUAAUCUUUUUGGUCCAUAUGGAGAAUCCAAAGUGCUGGGAGGAGAGGGUGUCAAAUGACACCCUUCAUUCCAGUUGGUGGCAGUAAUGCUUUAAAUGUUGCUUGCCAGCUGCCAUAACAUAAGGAGAAGAAGAAGACAGCUAAUUGACUUUGAUUCGGCCAACCUGUUGGAUAAUCUGCUGGUUAUCUCUGAGGUUCUGCUGGAUUUCUCUGGUGUCCUGGCUGAUGUUUGAUGCUGCAUGUUCAUCGAAAAACAGCUGAAGUGGGCUCUGUGUGGCCAUGUACAGUCAAGGUAUGAACAUCUCUGGAGCAUCUUUUUAAAAUCUGGUACAAAAAAAAAAGUUCUUCCACUGACAGGCCAGCCUCGUGUCAGGCCCAAGAGCCGUGGAUCAGAUGAAUCAAAGAAAUCCCACCUUGAGAUUUUGCCGUGCACUGUGUCUCAGCUGCUGUCUGCUUCUCAAGUCACCAGUGAUUGCUUUGCUAUCAGAGACCGGGAACUCCACCAGGUUUCAGUCGUGGGGAUCGUCCGAGGAAUUGUUCCAGAUUUAAGCAACGUUCAACUCUUUGUAGAUGACGUGACGGGCCCUCCUCUAAAUGUGAAGCUGUGGAUCAACAUGGAGGACCGCUCUUUGAUGAGCUCUGCUCCUCCAGGAACCUACGUGAAGGUGAUAGGAAGUCUACGUAACUCCGACGGUCAAAGGUCAUUACUGGCGAUGAGUGUUCGCUGCAUCAAAGACCUGAACGAAAUCACAUCUCACAUGUUAGAAGUGGUACAAGUUCACAUGCAGCUCUUUGGAAAGGAUUUUGACAUGAACAUGAACACUACUGCAUUCUUACAACCAUAUGGAAGCAACAAGCCAAUGGGUUUGUCCACAAUCCAGAGCCAGGUGUUCAGUGUAAUCCAGAUGUUCUCAGUCCACACAGAGGGUAUCAGUUUCCAUGACCUGAGCAGUAAACUGGACUACCUCAGCUUGAAGGACAUCAGAACUUCCAUGGCUUUUCUCAUCAAUGAAGGUCAUGUCUUCCACACGGUUGAUGAGCAACAUUUCAAGUCAGCAUAGCAUUCAGUUCAAGUGGAAACAUAAAAAUUAAUAUUGGGUAUUAAAAUGUGAAAUGACGUAAAAUAGUUCUUCUGAACUGCUGUUUGUUUUUUUACUGAAACAAAAGAAAGUACUUUUUGUUUAAUAUUUUUGAUGCUCCGGUGUGUUGUCCCCUACUUUUGUUAAAGCUAAAAUUCAUCUAUGGAGCUUGUUGUAACUUGUUCAUUUUUCUGUGAAUAAAGCAAAGUUUAAAACAUUUCUUGAGCCUCCAUGCUAGAGAGAGUCCCUGGUGAGAACUAGUUUCCAUUGGACUCUCUCUGGCUGGUCUUUAAUUUCCAGCCUUCAGUGCAAGCCAAAUAUUAAUUGCUUAGCUCAACCCUCCAACACACACACACACACACACACACACACACACACACACACACACACACACACACACACACACACACACACACACACACACACACACACACACACACACACACACACACACACACACACACACACACUUUUC